UCCAGGCAAAAUCUGACAAACAGAAGUAAAACGAUAACUUUACUGUUAAAUAAUUAUUUGGCUGUUUGACCCAACAUGGCUGUAGCAAACUCAGAGCCUGUUCUGAAAGACUGCGAACUAAAACAAUGCCUACCACAAAUAUAUAAGGCUUUAUUGACAGCUUCUUGUCUGUCAUGCCCCAGCGACCCCAUACAGUUUCUGAAAAACACUCUUAGGGCUUUCCAGGGAAAUGAUAACCUUCAUGGUGUGGACUGGCACAAGUUUGUUGCUGCUGCAUCACAACACACUGCAAAAGCUACUCUGACACAAAGGCCGGUGGAUACAGAAUACAUGGAUCCAGAUAACAUGGUGUCCUUUUGUGUAUUUGAAAAGGCCUAUACCUAUUACAGUAACAAUUUAACAAGCUCUUGUUUCAGAAAGUGGAAGAGGUUCAUCGUUCAGAGCAAGAGAGAUGCCAUGGAGCUGGCACAGAAGAUGGACGUGGCAAAGAAACACUUUGAGAGGACAUGCCAACGCGUUGCACUCACCAGAUGGCUGAAAUGGGUAAAAUUACACAAGAAGACAAAGGCUGCCGCCAUCGGGAAACUUGAGACACUUGUGAACGCUGGCCGCCUCGAGCGCAUCAUAGCCGCAUGGCGUGUGGUCACAAAGGACUCAAAGAAGACAAAGGAAUACUUUAAGAGGUUGGCAUCUUACAGAGAAGACAUCAAGCAUCACCAGAUUGGAGAAGGAAGUGAUGGACUCUCUCUGCUCCCUAGCAGCAUUUCACUAAAGAUUUUUCAGUAUUUAGAAUUACGAGACUGGUUAAACUGUGCUGAGGUAUGUUGCAUGUGGAAAUCUAUCAUCCAGUCACCCACGCUGUGGAGUCAGAUCAACUUCUCCGUGGGGAAAGAUUGGAUAACAGACGGUACAAUGAAGCAAAUUCUGCAGAACUAUCGACCGUUUGUGAUCCGCCUAAACCUGCGUGGCUGCACGUCCCUAAAAUGGCCCAGUCUGAAAUUCAUCAGUGAAUGCAAAAAUCUCCAAGAGCUCAAUGUGUCAGAGUGCUAUAAUGUUACAGAUACGAUGGUUCAGAGAAUUGUCGAAGGCUGUCCCUGCUUGCUCUACUUGAACCUUUCCUGCACACUUGUAACAAACAGAACUCUAAAAGAACUGUCUAGGAACUGUCUCAGCCUACAAUACCUGAGUCUGGCCUACUGCUACAGAUUUACAGAUAAAGGGUUUCUGUACCUGACCACAGGGAAGGGCUGCCGCAAUCUCAUCCACCUCAACCUUUCCGGCUGCACGCAGAUGACAGUAAAUGGAUUCAGCUACAUUUCUGUUGGAUGCCCUUUACUGAGAGAGAUUGUGAUCGAUGAUAUGCCCACCCUGUCAGAUAGCUGUGUCUUGGCACUACUUGCCAGGUGUCGCUGUCUCUCUGCCAUUUCUCUCCUGGAUGCUUCGCAUCUUUCCGACUUUGCUUUCAAAGCCAUUGCUGAAGCAGCGAGACUCAAAUCUUUCAGCACAGAGGGCAAUAACCAAUUAACAGACGUCAGCUGGAAGGCCCUGUGCAGCAGCUCUCCAGGUCUCCACAGACUCCACGCAGCAGAAUGCCCCAGAAUGACCGAUGCCAGCCUCAAAUCUGUCGCCACCCUCAAAAACCUGCAAUACUUGGACAUCUCCCUUUGCACCCGGGUGAGCGAUGUUGGGAUACAACACUUGACUGAAGGCUCCUGUGUCACAAACUUACAAGAGCUGAAUGUUAGUCAGUGCAAUCUCAUCACUGACAUGUCAGUCCUGAGGAUUGCACAAAGGUUCUGUAAACUGUACCAUCUGAAUUUGAGUUACUGUGAGAGGCUGACUGACUCGGCUGUGGAGUGGCUGAGUGGCAGCUGCAUCUCCUCUCUUGACGUCACCGGAUGCAACAUCCAGGAUCAGGGACUGGCUUCUCUCGAGAGAGUUUGCUUAAAGAAGUUAAUUCUCGCCGAGUGUGUCUACAUCACAGACAUUGGCAUAGAGAAGGUGUGCAAAAACGUCAGAGACCUGGAACAUGUUGACGUUUCUCACUGCGUAGCUUUGUCUGAUGCGGCUGUCCGAGCCUUUUCAUUUUACUGCAGAAGUCUAGCCACACUGCGGAUGUCAGGUUGUCCAAAGAUGACUGACAUGGCAGUGCAGUAUCUGACAAGUGGAUCUCAGUACCUGCGAGAGCUCGACAUAAGUGGCUGCAGUCUUCUCACAGAUCGCACAACUCGGCACUUAGAAAGGAUUUGCCCUCCCCUCGGCUCCAUCACAAUGUCCUGCUGCAACGGUAUCUCCAGGGCGGCUGCCUUAAAGCUGCAGUCACGUGUGGCGUACUGGGAGCACAGCAACGACAGCCCUCCAUGCUGGUUUAGAUGCAACGUGGGCCAAAUAGCGCAUCCAGUCACAAGAUCCAUAAAAACUUAAGAGUCUUGGGAAGUGGUGGAGCCGCACCCAGUGAUGGCAACAGCAGCAAAACAACCUCUGGGCCGAUAUCCAGCGACGCGCCACGCAGCUCCACCCCGGCUCUUAACGAGGACGGGACACGCACGCUCACUGGUCCUAUGUUACGAUGCGGCGUGAGGCGUAAAGAAAAACAAUGACUCAAAAGAUAAAAGCAGCACACUGGAAGGAAAGCUGAGGCUCAUACGGUGAAUAUCAUCCUCGCACUGUGU